AUGAACGAGGAAGUAGAAACCAAUACUAAAUCAGGCCUUCCCGCACCUAUCAAGGACAAAUCUGUUCCUCUGACAGACACGUCGCUCAAACCCUUCCUGGAGCAUAUUAUUGCGGGGGCGAGCCUGUCCUCGAGUGACGUCGAGGCUGCUUUCGACCGCAUUCUAGCCGGAUCAGACCCUGUGCAAGUAGGGGCAUUGCUGGCCAUGCUUCGUCAAAGGGGAGAGACCCCCGUAGAGAUCGCAGGGAUGGUCCGCGCCAUGUUGAAGCAGCGGUACCCGGUGAAUGUGACAGGGAAGCUCCUUGAUAUUGUAGGGACGGGGGGGGACGGGGCCCAUACCAUCAACAUCUCCACUGCUGCAAUCAUCCUGGCCGCAGCCUGCGGUUGCAAGGCCGCAAAACUGGGCAACCGGUCCGUCUCCUCCAAAUGCGGUUCCGCGGAUGUGUUGGAAACGUUGGGAAUUGACAUGGAGCUGACAGCGGAGCAGGUGGCCGAAUGCAUCGAGACGACAGGUGUCGGCUUCAUGUUUGCCCCGGUGGUCCACCCUACCAUGAAGAAAGUCGCACCCAUCCGCAAGGCUUUGGGUGUCCGCACUGCCUUCAACAUUGUGGGCCCGCUCUUGAAUGCGGCCGGAGCCCAGCACGCCGUGGUGGGGGUCUUCCAAGAGCGUCUCCUGGAUGUGUUGGCGGGCACGCUGGGCGAGAUCGGGACGGUGGACCGGGCGCUGAUCAUCCACGGGGUGGGCCUCGACGAGAUCUCUCCGCUAGGACCGUCCACGAUUGUCGAAUUGAAAAACGUGGCGCCGGCGGGGCAAGCGCGCGUGUAUGAGAGGACGAGCUACACCUUCGACCCGCUCACCUGUGGCAUCCCGCGAUGUGCCAUCGAGGACCUGAGGGGCGGGGACGCCACGGAAAACGCGGCCUUGCUCCGUCAAGUUCUCUCGGGGGGACCAGAAAGAGGGGCGAAACGGGACGCGGUCGUUUUAAAUGCGGCAGCUGGCCUGUACGUGUACGGCUCAGUCCCGAGUCUAGCGGAGGGGGUGACGUUGGCGUACGAUAUCUUGGCGAGUGGGAAGGCCCUUGUGAAGCUAGACGAAUGGAUCGCAUGCUCGCAGGCAUUGAGAAAAGGGGGCGGGUAG